AUGCCAGCAGUACGCACCAGAGCAGCAGCCAAAGCCUAUGACCAAUGGGACCCGCACCUGCUGGCACAACCAUCAGGGGAAAACAUGGCCUUCCAAGGCAGUCUGCAGUUCUUUGGACCACUGCUCUGGAAUAAGCUGGACUUAUCCACACGGCAGCUAGCUAGCAUGUCCGCCUUCAAAAGAGCUGUACACAAAUCUAGUCGGAUAUGUGAGCGUAGUUUUUUAUUUAUGGUACUGUGUAUGAUGUGUGUGCUUCUGUGUAUGCUGUUUUUAUCUAGUCAACAUUUAUGUGAUGUGUAUGUUUUUAUUAAUUAUAUGGAACCCAGGACUGCCUGGAAAACAGUGGCAAUUUUUAGUGGACUAUUUGGCUAAAUAAAAUGAAAAUGUAUCUAAAACUGGCCCAGUACCCCUCACCAUCUGUGUUUUUGUGUUUUGAUUCGCUUCCUUGUUUUUUGUUAUUCAACAGGCAGGUGUGAAGGGAACUUUAGGUCGCCUAGUUGGAAUAUUUGAGGUGAGUUUGUUAUGACAUGCUUAGGCAUGCUAAAGCUUGUUUGGGAGUGGAGAGAAAAUAUAGACUUUGUUCAGAAAAAAAUUAUAAAAAAGGUCAAAACUGUAUCUUACAGAACCGAGAGAGGAAACACAGAACCUACGUCUACAUUCUUAUCGUAACUGAGGUCCUGGAGGAUUGGGAGGACUCGGUCAACAUUGGUGAGUGGCUUUCAUUUCAAUCUGAUUAUACUACAUUGUUUGAAUUCUGGCUAUAGAUGCCUCUCAUGUCUGUCUUUCUUAACUUGUGCCACAAUUGUGUCGGUUCUUGUUUCUUUAACAGGGAGAAAAAGGGAUUGGUUUAAAAUAGACGAUGCAAUACAAGUGUUGCAGUGUCACAAGCCUGUGCAGGCCACAUACUUCGAGCCUCUCAAGGAGGGUUGCCUGACCAGCAACGGGACGCCCCUGGUGGCCACGAUAGGUGGAGACCUCUCACCCACCUACAACAUCAACCAGAGCUCCGUGUCGGGUAUCAGAUAACUAAAACACAACGCUGACACAACCCCAGGAGCUCUUGCCACCACUCUCGCUCUUACUUCUAUUCAAUUUUAUUUUGUUUUUUUUGUCUCAAAUAAUAUGGUUUGCCUUGCCAAAUCUUUUGUGCCAGAAUUGUGGUGCAGACUUGACAAGGGUUGAAUGAAGAUUCUGAAACACUUUGUAAAUGUAAUUUUUGACCCCUUGUUCUUUUCGUUUUAUUGAGAAUUGCAUGAAGCAUCCCUCACUCCCUCAUUCUCCUACCUUUACACACACAGCGUGGUGUUUAUUGAAUGCAAGAACUACUUUUUACUGUUGUGGUGUAUAUACUUAGUGCUUAAGCUCAAUGCUUUCAGUGGUCUUUUUAAUGUCUCCUCUUUUGGUUAUUGUCUGUGUAUGAUUGUGCCCAAGAGCGUGUUUUCCCUCUUUUAAGGAUAGGAAAUGUUCUCUGUAUAUGAUUAGACAGAGUUGUAGGAAGUGACUUGUUUUGCAUGAGCACUGGCUAUGUUUGUCUUGCACAUUGGGGUGACCUGAUACAGAUUGUGCAGCAGAUAGUCUGCGGUGGUAACUAAGGUCUUUGAAUUCUUUUCAUUUAGCUCCGCAUUGUGGUUCUUGGUGUUAAUAUCUCGCAGGUUUCAUCAGAAAGACAAGGCCCUUUUCCACAUUUAUGACCCGAUUUGUCAAGUAGCCUAUACAUUUUCCCUUGGUCUGGAAGCUAGCUAGCCAUUUCAAUAUUCAUUUUAGGCAGAAAAUAUAUAGAAAUAAUGUCUACUCAACUAAAUAUGUAGCCCAGUCCCCUUUUUUGGUGAGUUUCCAUUGAGGAUUUACCCUGGUGUUUUACCCAAUAGACUGAGACCCGUUUUUUAACGGUCUCAUAGUCUGUUGGUAGUGGUUUACUACAGACACCGAAACAGUUAGCAGAUCCCCCUACCGACCAAAGUUAUCCGUUUUAUAAUUUGGAAUUGCAUGGUGUGAACAACUGCAGUCUUCCUCCAUUUAUUUUCCAAAGGAAGGUGAAAGGACUACAGAUUGCAGUGCCAUCCAUGGACUGACAAUUGCCUUCACCCAACACAUACCACCUUUUAUCCAAUUUUCAGAUUCUCACCCCUUACUUUAACCUCCGUUUUAUAGCAGAUGUUUACAUUGUGUUCACUUUUCAGUAAAAAUGUUUUACCCUUUUUUAGUAUUGGAAUCUGCAUCCCCAAAACAAACACUCAAACACCUGCUUGAUAUUGAAAGUAAUUGAAUCUAAAAUGCUGUCUUUGGCAAGAUGCAGAACAAACAAACAAGCCUUGUACAGUUUGAGACCUUGUUUUUAACAUGUAAAAAAUGCUUUUGAAUACUAGUUUUAUUUUUUUAUUUUUUACAUCUGGCAAGUCUCUCUAGCCAACCUGCGAUACUUGCCUUAGAUGUGGCAUGGAGCAGCUGGCUCAAUACUGUGAAACUGGAGGCCCUGUAGAUAGCAUGUAAGACGUUUUAUUGUAAAUGGUUUAUUUCUGUAUAGAUCAAAGGUGAAAACAGUUUCUCUGAUGCAUUUGUGAGUGCUAUAUUUUGCUCAACCAUGGCUGUAGAGUUGACUCGAUCCCUAAACAAAGGGUGGCGUUGGCUUUGUAAGUUUUGUUGACGAGUUGCUUUGAUACACAGUACAUGCUCCCGAGUGGCACAGCGGUCUAAGGCACUGCAUCUCAGUGCUUGAGGCGUCACUACAGACUCCCUGGUUCGAUUCCAGGCUGUAUCACAACCGGCUGUGAUUGGGAGUCCCAUAGGGCAGUGCACAAUUGGCCCAGCGUCGUCCGGGUUUGGCCGGUGUAGGCCAUCAUUGUAAAUAAGAAUUUGUUCUUAACUGACUUGCCUAGUUAAAUAAAGGUUAAAUAAAUAAAUAAAUGUUAAGGCUAAAGAACAAGUAAAUGUUGCUGGCUUUGUAUGGGGGGGUGAAGAGAAGACCCCAUUUAUCACGAAUGAUACAGAGGGGGGAAAAAGUAUUUAGUCAGCCACCAAUUGUGCAAGUUCUCCCACUUAAAAAGAUGAGAGAGGCCUGUAAUUUUCAUCAUAGGUACACGUCAACUAUGACAGACAAAUUGAGAAAAACUUUUCCAGAAAAUCACAUUGUAGGAUUUUUUAUGAAUUUAUUUGCAAAUUAUGGUGGAAAAUAAGUAUUUGGUCACCUACAAACAAGCAAGAUUUCUGGCUCUCACAGACCUAUAACUUCUUCUUUAAGAGGCUCCUCUGUCCUCCACCCCGUUACCUGUAUUAAUGGCACCUGUUUGAACUUGUUAUCAGUAUAAAAGACACUUGUCCACAACCUCAAACAGUCACACUCCAAACUCCACUAUGGCCAAGACCAAAGAGCUGUCAAAGGACACCAGAAACAAAAUUGUAGACCUGCACCAGGCUGGGAAGACUGAAUCUGAAAUAGGUAAGCAGCUUGGCUUGAAGAAAUCAACUGUGGGAGCAAUUAUUAAGAAAUGGAAGACAUACAAGACCACUGAUAAUCUCCCUCGAUCUGGGGCUCCACGCAAAAAUCCCAGAACCACACGGGGGGACCUAGUGAAUGACCUGCAGAGAGCUGGGACCAAAGUAACAAAGCCUACCAUCAGUAACACACUACGCCGCCAGGGACUAAAAUCCUGCAGUGCCAGACGUGUCCCCCUGCUUAAGCCAGUACAUGUCCAGGCCCGUCUGAAGUUUGCUAGAGUGCAUUUGGAUGAUCCAGAAGAGGAUUGGGAGAAUGUCAUAUGGUCAGAUGAAACCAAAAUAUAACUUUUUGGUAAAAACUCAACUCGUCGUGUUUGGAGGACAAAGAAUGCUGAGUUGCAUCCAAAGAACACCAUACCUACUGUGAAGCACGGGGUGGAAACAUCAUGCUUUGGGGCUGUUUUUCUGCAAAGGGACCAGGACGACUGAUCCGUGUAAAGGAAAGAAUGAAUGGGGCCAUGUAUCGUGGGAUUUUGAGUGAAAACCUCCUUCCAUCAGCAAGGGCAUUGAAGAUGAAACGUGGCUGGGUCUUUCAGCAUGACAAUGAUCCCAAACACACCGCCCGGGCAACGAAGGAGUGGCUUCGUAAGAAGCAUUUCAAGGUCCUGGAGUGGCCUAGCCAGUCUCCAGAUCUCAACCCCAUAGAAAAUUGACCAAAUACUUAUUUUCCACCAUAAUUUGCAAAUAAAUUCAUAAAAAAAUCCUACAAUGUGAUUUUCUGGAUUUUCGUUUUCUCAUUUUGUCUGUCAUAGUUGACGUGUACCUAUGAUGAAAAUUACAGGCCUCUCUCAUCUUUUUAAGUGGGAGAACUUGCACAAUUGGUGGCUGACUAAAUACUUUUUUCCCCCACUGUAUAAGCAGCAGAGAUGCCUCAGAUGUUCUACAAAGACCAUAUGUAACUUUUUGAGGCUGAGGUGUAAUAAAGUGAAGUCCAUCACAGUUGAAUUGUUAACAUACAAAAUGGAGGUUCUCCACUGGGCUGAGUGCUGUUUCCAGACCACUAGUCUACUAUACCUACCACUGAGCUUUUAUGUCAUUAUCCUAGUCUCCUGACACAACCAAUGCUUAUACAUACUGGGCACAAUUACUACAUCUCCCCAUUAUCUCUUCUGCCCUGUCAUUGUUUCAGUAGCUCAUCAUUUGCCCUACAAAAUGAGCAUUAUAUACACUCGGUGGCCAGUUUUAGGUACACCACCCCAUUCACGAAAAUGGUUCACUCCUACAGACAGUGAGUCACAUGGCCGUGGCUUGCUAUAAAAGGGAGGCAUCCAGUUACUGUUCGAUUUAAAGUUAGAAUGGGCUAAAGUGAGUGACCUAAGCAACUUUGAGCGUGGUACGAUCGUCGGUGCCAGGCCUAGUAUCUCAGAAACAGCUGGCCUCCUGGCCUUUUCACGCACAAGUGUCAGCGGCAGUCCUGUGGUCGAAAACAGCUAGUUGAUGAAGUCGAAGGAUGGGCUAUUGCAGCAGACGACCACACCGGGUUCCACUCCUAUCAGCUAAAAACAAGAAGCAGGUCCAGUGUCCACGCGAUCACCAACGUCACCUGGUCAGACAAAUCCCGGUUUCUGUUGAGUCUUGCUGAUGGCAGAGUCAGGAUUUGGCAUAAGCAGCAUGAGGCAAUUGUGUGGGGAAUGUUUUCCUGGCACACGUUAGGUCCCUUGAUACCAAUUGAGCCGAUGAAUUCAGGCUGUUUUGGAGGCAAAGGGGUCCGACCCAGUACUAGAUGGGUGUACCUAAUAACUGUCCACCAAGUGUAUGUUAUCCCCAAUCCCAGACUGAAAGAUGUAGGCCUAUUCUAUUAUUUAUGGGUUGUAACUAAAUUGGUGAGUGGAUUACUGAUAUCAAUAGAAAUGCUACUUUGAACCAUUAUUUAUUGCUUUUUAUAAACUGGGUGGUUCGAGCCCUGACCCUGAAUGCUGAUUGGCUGACAGCUGUGGAAUAUCAGGUACAACAAAUUUACUUUAACUGCUCUAAUUAUGUUGGUAACCAGUUUAUAAUAUCAAUAAGGCACCUCGGGGGUUUGUGGUAUAUGGCCAAUAUACCACGUCUAAGGGCUGUAUCCAGGCACCCGCGUUGCAUAAGAACAGCCAUAUACCACACCCCCUCGGGCCUUAUUGCUAAAUUAAAUGAGUUGCAUCGAAAGGUUCAGGGGGCAAAGUCUUGGAACUGUCUAAUGGAAACCAAUGUUUCCAAUACCACCCCACAGAGCAGAAUACAUUUAGGCCUAUUGAAUUAUGUGGUCAGCCUCCCUUAAAGUCCACCAUUUUCUUUAUAUGAUAAUGAUCAAUGAAGUUAGAGAUGGAAUUGGAAAAUCUCUGACUGAAAGGGUUCUAUUCAAAAUGGGUACAAGGGAGAGCAAUGAACAAAUUACUGUGUGGAUAUCCAUAUGUAACAACCGAUUAAUGACCACUUGUUCUUUAACCUGUUUGUGCUGUCGAUUUUCUUGUGUUCCUGAUGAGAUCUUCUACAUACUCACUAAAGCAGCACUUUUAGCUAGGGGCUCUCCGAUAAACCUUAGGCGUUGGUCAAUAAUUAAGUGUAUUUUUCCCCCUUCAAUCUCAUACAUAAUUAUGUUAACUCCUUUUGUUAAUACAAUGCACAAUGGAAGUUGAAGCGAAGUGGGGUUUAUGAAUUCAAUAUUUCUCAUCAUUAGGAGAGGGAUAAGUACUGUAUGUAUAAUAUACCCCGCUUGAGUCCUUUAGAAAUGCAUUUCUCUCUUCCUUAGGAUGAUUUCACACAGCACGCAGUGAAAGCCGGAAGGAGUGGAUGAAUGAAGGAUGGAGGCAUUCUAAAAGUCUCAAAUGCAGCCUCUGCUCCGAUAGGCCUCCUUGGUCCUUCACCUCAGUGAUAUAA